UCCAGCUCUAUGGAUAUCGCCUCGAGAAGAUAUGAGCUUUAAAAUGGCCACAUCAGCAUUCAGAUAUAUGACGAGAUAAGAGGGUGUGUGGUUUAAAAGGAGCUGCAGACUUUGAGUGAGACACUCCUCACUGCAGAGCUGUCCACUUCACCCUCACAGCCACCAUGACCUUCAACGGCACCUGGAAGAUCGAUCGCAGUGAAAACUAUGAGAAAUUCAUGGAACAGAUGGGAAUUAACCUGGUGAAGAGGAAGCUGGCUGCUCACGACAACCUCAAGAUAACCAUCGAACAGAAUGGAGACAAGUUUCAUGUCAAGGAGAGCAGCAACUUCCGCACCCUGGAUAUAGACUUCAACCUGGGGGUCACCUUUGAGUACAGCCUUGCAGAUGGAACAGAACUAUCAGGCUCAUGGGCCAUUGAGGGAGACACGAUGAAGGGGGUUUUCACCAGAAAGGACAAUGGAAAGCAACUGAUAACAACAAGAAUCGUCCAGGGAGAUGAACUCAUACAGAGCUACAACUACGAAGGUGUGGACGCAAAGAGGAUUUUCAAGAGGGGUUAGACCAGAGAUGUUUGACAUCAGGAUUACAUCCAGUAUUGUGUUGAAUUAUCAACUGCCUAUACAAACAUAACCUGUACAAAGUGCACUACUUGUAAUGCCUACACAGUAUAUGAAACAGUUUUGAAUUGCACUGGAUUUUGUUGAUACUUGCAGUAAUAAAGCCAUGCUGUAACUGCC